AAAUUAAAAAAACUACAGGUGCAAUUUUUUUAAAUAUUUUUGUUUUUAAAUUUACCGUCUAAGAUAAAAUCCAAAAAUUAUUAGACGUCUGCUAACUUCAGUAUCAUCAAUUAGUAUAGAUUUAUUUACGCCAAUCGACUUUUAUCAUGCAGAGUUUUAAUUAAAAUUUAAUAUCCAUAGUAAAAUACAUUAUUUAAAUUGUAUAUUUUACUGUAAGGUAAAAGACCUAGUACUCGAUCACUCCAUGUAUUUGUAUAUUUAUAUUUAGUAAAAUUUAGUAAAUAUAGAUAUGCAAAUGUAUGAGUAAUCUGGUACUAGUUCCCUGAUCUAAUCAGAUUUUCAUUAUUUUUUUACGGAUAAAUUUUCUGGAGCUUAAAAAAAAAAAGUUUUGAAUCUUAAGGAGAGUCUACAGUAAUUUUUGUCAAGCUUUUCUCUUAAACAAAACCUUUAAACGCAAAAUUAAGAACGAGGCUCCAUGAUUUACUCUACAAUCUAGCAGUCUACGUUUUCAUUUUUAAAAAAAUGUCCAUUUAUUUAAAAAAAAAACGUGGCCAAAGUUUCCAUUUACUGUGCAAGUGCAACAAGGAUUGUGCCAUUUGUCGACUGAAGUGUGAUAGAGAAAAAAGUUCAGACCCUUCUCAAGAGAUUCAAAUUAAAUGAAUUUCAGUUCUCAAUAGAUCUAUUGAUGUCAAUGCAGAUUUAAUCAGAUCUUAUUUUAUCCCCAGUAAUUCUCAAGUUUGAACUAGAGGGCGUUAAAAAAUUAUUAAAAAGUUUACUAUACACGUCUAGUAUUAUUUGUAAUUGUAAGUUUUUCAAUUAAAGUUUGGCGCACACGCUAGUAAACAACUUUUAAAUAAAUCAUUCAUCAGUUAAAUAAUUAAUAUAUUUAUAAUUGAUUUGUCAAUUAAAAGUCAUGGACUUAGAGGUUUUUUGUAAGAAAUUACCUAAGCUGGAACUUCAUGCCCAUUUGAAUGGCUCAGUGUCUCCAGAAACGAUUCGUAAAUUAUGUGAAUUAAAAAAUAAAAAUUUUCAUGAGGAUCUAAGUCGUAUUAAUACGUCGGUGUCAUUAAAAGAAUGUUUUAAAAUAUUCGAUAUCGUUCAUGCACUGACUGACACAACAGAUGCAUUAUUUAUCACAACUUGUGAUAUCAUAAGCGAAUUUCACAACGACAAUGUCAUUUAUUUAGAACUAAGAAGUACUCCGAAGUAUGUCGAGGGUAAAAUGAAUAAAAAUGAAUAUAUCGAGACGAUCAUAAAAGCUAUUGAGCAUUCAAAAAAAUUACUACCAGAAAUUAUAGUGAAAUUUCUGGUAUCAGUCAACCGUAGAAACGGUUUUGAAGACGCGGAAGAAAACGUCAAACUGGCAAUCGAUUAUUAUAAAAAAUAUCCUGAGUAUAUUGUGGGAAUCGAUUUGAGUGGAGAUCCGACUGAAGGUGAUGCCUUUUUAAAUUUAUUUAUAAAUGCCAGGAAUAUUGGGCUGAAAAUUGCUGCUCAUUGCGCUGAGGUACCCAAUGAAAAAGAAAUAAUGGACAUAUUAGAAUUCAAACCAGAUCGAUUGGGUCAUUGUACGAAUAUCCAUCCAAAUUUAAAAGGAAGUCAUGAAUUGUUUGAUAAACUCAUAGAGUCUAAGAUACCCGUUGAGUUAUGUUUGACUUCGAAUUUGAAAUGUGAAACAAUUAAAUCAUUAUCAGAGCAUCAGUUUUUAUAUUUAUACGAAGCCAAUCAUCCAAUUUGUCUUGCAACAGAUGAUAAAGGGGUAUUCGAUACAACGUUAUCACAAGAAUAUAAAUUAGCUGCUGAUAAUUAUAAUUUAACAAAAGAUAAUUUGAAACAAUUAGUUAUAUCAUCAGUUGAUUAUGCAUUUGUUAGUAAAGAAGAAAAAAUAAAAUUAUUAAAUACAAUUGCUUGUAAAAAUAAACAGUUAAAUUAAUUAAUCAAUUAAAAAUGGUAAUUAUUGUCACAUUACACACUAGUAUUUUUUAAAAUUUUCUUUAUUUAUUUUGGAGCACGUUUACAUUGAUUUACAAAUGACGUAACUAAAAAUAGCGACUUAAAAAAAAAGAGUAAUAUUUUGAUACAUCAUACUCAUACUCAUUCUAAUUAUCUAUUGAUAAAGAAUUUGCUUUUAAUUAUCAGCAAGUAAAUUUACUUAUACGUAAAUAUAUACUCGAUAUAUUUUUAAUUAUUACUUUAGAUAUAUAGAUAUAUUUACCAGGCAUCUAAACAAUAAGAUACUUUUAGAAUAAUUAAUAAUAAUAAUAAUUAACAAAAUGCCUGAUUAAUUUAAAAAUAAUAAUUAAUUAUAAAGUUAUUUAUUUAAAAGAUAAAAAAUUAAAUAUUGCAUUUCACAGCGAGGACUCGAGUCCUGUCGGUACUCGAAUUUGAAAUUUUU